CUAUACUAUUUCCUUGUUUUAGGAACAAAUAAAGAACAAAUCUAAAACAAAAUGUUAUCAACAAUGAUAAGGGGUAGACUUUUCAACCGUUUCAGGUAUUGGUGUCAAGAGGGGGACAUAAGAAGAAAAAAGAAUUUGGCCAAGCUGACUGCCAUUGGAACAGGAUGUUAUGCCACUUUUGCUCUUACACCAAUUAUUCCAGAUGACAGAAAAAUUAUACAAAAUGCGUUUUUCAAUGUGGAUGGUGCUAUUAGGUUUUUACGCACAUUAAAGAUCGGCAUGACAAUAUCAAUAGACUACUACUUCAGCCAAUUGGGCCUCGACGAGAGCGAUCCCCAAUACAAAACGAUGAUGAGUCGUAUACAUCAAAGGGCAGCGGACCGAAUUUUGCAGGGUUGCUUGCUGAACGGAGGGUCGUACAUAAAAUUAGGUCAGGGAUUAGUGUCCAUGAGUCAAAUUAUUCCCGCGGAGUACGUUAAAACGCUCCGAGCACUUCAAGACAAAUGUCUAGUGAGAAAGAAAAACGAGCUGCAAAAAAUAUUCCAGACGGAUUUCGGAAAAGCGCCCGAGGAAAUUUUUAAUGAGUUUGAAACAACUCCUAUCGCGGCGGCGAGUAUAGCUCAGGUUUACAAAGCAAAAACAAAAGAAAACCAGACUGUAGCCGUUAAAGUACAAUACAUAGACCUACAGGAACGUUUUAAAGGCGACAUUUGGACUAUAAAUCUUUUAUUAAAAAUCGCAGGGGUGAUGCAUCCAAAUUUUAACUUUGAAUGGGUACUUGAGGACCUUACGCAAGCUUUGCAACAAGAGUUGGACUUCAUGCAAGAGGGCAAAAACGCCGAAAGGUGUGCAAACGAUUUAAAACAUCUAAGGUAUAUCCAUAUUCCCAAAGUUUACUGGAAUUACACAAGUAGGAGAGUUUUGGUAACUGAAUUUAUUGACGGGGAAAAAAUAAACGAAGGCGAGAAGUUAAAGAAGGAUGGAUUGUCUUUAGAGGACAUCAAUAAUAAACUGUUCACUGCUUUUGGACAUCAAAUAUUCCAGACUGGAUUUGUACAUGCUGACCCUCAUCCAGGAAACAUUUUAAUAAGAAAAAAGGAUGGUAAAGCCGAGUUAGUAUUACUAGACCAUGGAUUAUACCAAGAAGUAAAACCUAGUGAUAGAGUAUCAUUGAGUUAUAUGUGGAAGGCAAUAGUUUACAAAGAAUAUGUUAACAUGAAAAAGUUUGCAAAUGAAUUAGGAGUUAACAACUAUGAAGCAUUAGCAGAAAUACUGACACAAGCUCCAUUAAGAACACGCGGUUUUAAUCUUAACGCAAAACUUACUGAAGAGGACAUGCAAAAAAUGACCGAAUUCGCUAGAGAAAGAUUUGACAUUAUUAUGGACUGUCUUAAAGAAAUGCCAAGAUCAUUACUUUUGGUUAUAAGGAACCUAAAUACCAUUAGAGCCAUAGCCCAAGACCAUGGAAACCCAAUAGACAGGUACUCAGUAUUGGCAAGAAUGGCCACAAGGACAGCUUUUCAAACUGAUAACAGUUUUAUAAAUAAAUGUUAUAACAUUCCGAAAGUAUGUUACUUUGAAUUUAUUUUGUUGGUAAAUAAGUUAUCUACAUGGUUCACCAGAAUACUUCUUAAAGUAGUAAAUAGAUCUGGAACAGUGGACACACUCAAGAAAUUAUCUAAUCUAAGUAAUGUAUGCUAGAUAUGCCAAU